ACCGCCUUCCAGAAUAUACCGUUGUCCCUCAAAAUCUCAGCCUUUUGUUGCCAACACUCGACCCGCAGCAUACAACUACCGCCGCCCUCUCUUCCUCUCCACGUCCCGUGCAUGAUGGCUGAGCCAAACUCUGCCCCGCAUGCCGAAAGCGACCCCGCAACCACGGCCGACGCGAAGGAGACGCGUGAGCAAGACACAGAUGAGCAGAAACCACGAGAUAGCAACGCUUGGGAUGGAAAGCUACGAGUAGACAGGAUGACGCUCACCGACGAGCCAAGAGAUCCACACGCGCAAAUAUUGAGUGAUCCAGAGGUAUCAGAUGAUGAGGGACCCCCACCAGAACAGCUGGCUGCAGAUGAAGACCUACUGGACGAUGUGCCGGACGAUGAAGAAGAGAUCGAGCUAGUGCACUGCAAGGUUUCGGAUAUGUCGUCAUUGCGACUAGAGAGGUUCAAACAGAUGAAGCGUCUUUGUCUUCGCCAAAACCGAAUAGAAAGCAUUGCGAUACCAGAAGAACUCGCAUCGAGCCUUACAGAAGUCGACCUUUAUGACAAUCUUAUCGCGCAUAUCAAGGGCCUCGAUGCCUUUACUGAACUCACAUCGCUCGACCUGUCCUUCAACAAGAUCAAGCACAUCAAGCGGCUAAAUCACAUGACAAAGCUCAAGGAUCUGUAUUUUGUGCAGAACAAGAUUGGCACCAUAGAGAACUUGGAAGGGCUCACCAAUCUGCGACAGAUUGAGCUGGGCGCAAACAGGGUACGGGAGAUUCAGGGGUUGGAGACACUGACUGGACUGGAAGAGCUGUGGUUAGGAAAAAACAAGAUCACCGAGAUCAAGGGCUUGGAUACGCUUACGAACCUCAAGAUUUUGAGCAUACAGUCGAACCGGCUGCGGUCCAUUACAGGGUUGGAGAAGCUCGUCAACUUGGAAGAAUUGCACGUCUCACACAAUCUUCUUACAGAGAUAUCGGGGCUAGAAAACAACGUCAAUCUCAGUGUCAUUGACAUCAGCGCGAAUCCCAUCGAGCACCUCGGAGGACUCAAGGGCCUUAAGCACCUUACCGAGUUUUGGGCGAGCAACUGCAAACUGAGCGACUUUGGCGAGAUUGAACAAGAGUUGAGAGACAAGGAGGAACUGGAAACGGUGUAUUUCGAGGGAAACCCUCUGCAACGGGCGCAGCCAGCCUUGUACCGGAACAAGAUCCGACUUGCGCUACCACAGGUUGUGCAGAUUGAUGCCACGUUUGUGAAGCAGGUAUAGCAUACUCCAAAGCGGCAGCGUAGACGACUCUGGGUUUCUAUGGCCAUGCACGUGUAGUUACUUAGACGGGCUGUUCUUCCGCACGCAAGUACAUAGAUGGCAGGCAUAUCAUGGACAUUGGCAUUGGCACGGCGCGUUGGCGUUGGGCGGGAUAUUUGAUAGCGUACAUAGUAUACGGCGGGGAUACCCAAUGAAUGAACCAACGGAUGAAUGGAUAGACGACUGAGCCUGGUUGCCCUGCCGAACGUC